AUGGAAACUGCUAGUCUUCAGAAUUUCCGGGACUUAGACUGCUUGUAUUUAAGUCUUUUGGCGGAAGUUAAGAGCGGCGGUCCGAUAUGGGAAGAUAUCAUUGGAAAAGGUGGAAAAUUAUUCACGGCAUUAAGAGCGACUGUUCAUGCAACAAAUGCUUUCCUAGACGCCAUCCAGAGGCUCGCUGAUUUAGCUUCGAAAACCUCCGGUGGUAGUAAGGAGAUUGGUGCACAUUUCACGCGUUUAUGCAUGCGUCAGAAACGCCUCGGAACAAAAGUCAAGACUAUGGGCAGUCAGUUGAUUACAUGCAUGGUCAACCCACUGGCCGGUCGCAUGGAUGAGUGGAAGAAGACGCUUGCUCAGAUCGAGAAGGAGCACAAUCGCGAGGCUAAACGCACUCGGGGAGAGUUGAAACGAGCAGUGUCGGAAGCAAAUCGGCUGAAACGCAAGCUGGCCAAACAGGGGAAUGGGAACACGCCGCACAGCCGUCAAAGCAGCGGAGGCAGCACUAUCGGUCAGGGUGUAGGUCUGGGGGAGGCUCCCACCUCCGGUCGGGUGCUCUCCUCCACAGUUACAAGUGGGAUCGGUACAAGCUCCCUUGCCGUCCGCACUGAAUCCGCCACAAAGGUUCUGGAGGAGAAGAUUCGUCAAAUGGAGGACCUAGAAAGGGCUACUAUCAGACGGUUGAUGCUUGAGGAACGCGGGCGUUACUGCUUCUUCUUCAACUGUCUCCGACCUGUGCUGGAGACGGAAACCAGCCUCCUUGGUGAGAUUUCUACACUGCACGAGCUCUUCACCGCCUUAUCCACUGCGACGGAGGACCCGAGCUGCCUGCUAGAGGAGGCGGAGACGGUGUUGGCGCACGCUGGGGCGGUGGGUAAGGCGGGGGUGCCGGUGUCACCGAGCCGACCCCUUCACCCCUCCGGCACUAACGAGGUAGAAGCCUUUGCCUCCGCCGUUGAAGCGAUCAUGUCCAGUCGGCAGCGCCAACAACAGCAAGCUCAAGUUGAAGAGGCCACUCCAAGUCUUGCCUCCGAGAGCCUCGGUUCCACCUCCUCUGGGUGGAGCAGCAGUGGUGGCGGGAGAGUCGGUAUCAAGCCGAUUGGCUUAAGUGCCAGUCCCAAUUCCAGCCAGGUCUCUGUCCACAGCACUAGCAGCAGCGUGUUCGGUCCGCAAAACCAGAUCACGGCUAUUCUUAGGCAGUCCCGCCCUCAGGUCAGCCGCGACACCGGUUGUCGACCAACGAUUAAUGGGUCACCUCAACGCAUCGUCACAUCCUGCGAUGCCGAGGAGGUGAUUCUCCGCCGCCCAACCACCAAUGGAGCCUGCACAGCGUCCACACCCGCUCGCCAACGUCCACAGACCACAACUUCAAGUGCAAAGGACGCUCCCAGCUUCUACACUUCCUCCGCUGUCACGCCAGCCGAGCCGAGUUCAAAUCAUCGACACUCGACUUGUACUUUGCAACAACUUAACGAUGCGCUCUUGUCAGCCGGUGAGGAGGCAAAUGAGAUGAAAGUCAGCGACAAAACUAUGGUGAAUGAGAAUGAGGAGGUAGAUGAAGAGGAAGAAACAGCGUCGGGCACGCUGGAUGAUGAGACCUCGGAUGAUGGCGUACUCUCCGAUGAGCGCAGACUCUCAAAUGGUGGUGGCGGAAACGCUCUCAGUGGCAGUGACGAACUGGGUCGACCGGCUCUCUCCAGUGUUCUCACUCGCGAGCAUCGAUCCCUCUCACGCGGCGGUGAUCCACAGACAAUGCUCUAUCCGGAUCAGUCACUCCCUCCGCCCGUGUACACCAACUUGAAUAAGCUGACAUAUGCUGCCCAUCGCAAAUUCUACAUGUCCUCGACUAUGCCGUCGAACGCUCCCGACGUUGAUGCAGACGCGAUGGCAUGGCAACCCAUAGAUGAAGGGGACAAUCUCUCCAUUGCAUCCGCACCGCACGUUCAGCCCGAUCAGAAGGUGACGAACGGGAGCGUCUACUCGGUGCCGGGUUCGCCCCACCGACCCUCCCUCUCCACCUCUUCCUCCAACUCCCGACCCCGUGGCAGUUCCACGGGUGUGGAGGACCCUUUCUCCGUCGAGAUGGACGAACUCGAUCGCAUGGUCACUGCGACACACGCCGAGGACUCGGUGUUCUGUCAGCCCUCUUUCUAUCAUAACCAGUCCUUUAUCGACUUUACGGAGGCGGAGAUGGGGAAGGUGGAGAGGGACUUUAUUUUGCCCCCUCCACCUGCCCCACCCAAGCCGAGACUUCGCGUGGGCUCCGAAGCACCCAUCAGGAGCCUCAUCAAAAACACGCGCUCCGCUACCUCCCUCGCUGGAAGCGCUACGAGUUCAGUGACCUCGCGCUCCGGUAGAAGCGGCACCGAGCCUCCCUCUCAGCUUCAUUCUCGCCCCCAAGCGUCCCUCAAUCACUCCACAGGCAUCCCGGUAGGUUUGCUGCGGACCUCCAUAUCUCCCGGCGGGAGCCAUAGCGCUGCCUUGCGUCGCAGCCGCUCUCGCAGCUCCAGUUUCUGUGCUUCCCUUGCGCAUACAUCCGGAUUCAGUGAUCUUGAAACUGGUGCGACACCAAUAGAUCCCCUUGCCACCCAAUACCUGACAGCCCUCGAAAAAUCCGCUAGCUGGGCACUUCAGCCCGCGUCCACGCGCCAUAACACCGAUUUGGUGGCCGAUGUGGAGAGUCAGGCUGUACAAAUUUCCCCCACUGCAGCCUCUUUGCUUACCCAAUUGUCCGGACAGUUACAGCAACUGACCUCUUCCAGUACAGUAGCAUUGCUGAAGCAUCCAUCGGACACAGACGGCCACACUCGAAAAGAGUCCGGAGAAUUCGAUCUGCCUGCUCCUCCUUCCCCCGAUCUGCUAGAUGUUCGUUAG